AAAUACCGACCUGAACCGGCGCUGUCCUGCUCAGAUUAUGAUCGAGUGAAGGGAACACACCCAAACAUAAACGUGCACACACACGCAUAAAUACACAGGUUUCCAUGGCGACAAUGCCACGCAUCUUCAGUUUUGACCCACGAACGUGGAAACGGUGGGUUAAAAAGUAUAUCAAAUAUUACUGCCGUCGGUACUCCACCGGAAACAAACUAUUCUGACAUAUGCAGUUACCGAACCCCAUUACAUAUAUUAUGUGAGUGUGUGUUAUAUAUAUAUAUAUAUAUAUACACAAACGAUUUGUAAAAAAUAAAAAAGUCAAAUAAAAACACAAAUCGUAUACCCCACAGUAAAGACGUGUUAUAAUUUUUAUUUUUAAAUUUUAUUUAGUAUUUAUCCGUUAGUUUUUGGAAGCAAGCGGACUGUACAGGAACGACAAAGCUCCGGUCAAUGAGAGGGGGGUGUCUGGGAAUUGUAGUUUUUGCUUUUCCUUAAAAAAAAAAAAAAAAAAACUCGAUCGCACGUGGUCCACCGUUAUUUUAACAGUUCGGAGCAACACCGGCAUUAAAACGCUUCUAUGCUAAAUCUAAUAUCUGCUUCUAUACACUACGUAGCGAUUGCUUUAUAUAAAAAUAAAAACCAAGUAGGAUUUGUAUGCGUUGUGUGGGCUUGGUGGAACUACAGUUCCCAGCAUCCCCCGGGGGGCCAGCUGGUUCCCGAUACCGCAACGUCAUCAGGGAGGUAUAAAUGGCAGAGUAACAUUCCAGCCCGUAUUGUUACUUUGGUAACGCCGGGGCAGCUGGAGGGGGUCGGGGUGCCGGUCUGCGGUCGAGGAGUGUGUCAUCAUUUCAUUUGUGUGUGUGUGUUUUGUAACUAAAUAUAUAUAAAAAGCGAAUUAUUACAAGAGUGAACGUGGCGUGGAGAAAUAUAUAUAUAUGUAUUUUUUAACCCAAGAAUUCCCGUAUCUGCGGAACUCGACUCGGAGGAUUUUUCAUUUUCUCAGGAACGUCAAAGGACUCGGACUGAAAUCAAGGAUUCGUUGCACUUUUUAGAUUUUUUUUCUUCUUUUUUUUUAACCAAUAAAUAUAUAAAUACACCCCACCCACCCCCUAGCUCUCUCCGGUCUGCCCCGGAUCAUAUAACAUUAUUAUUAUUAUUAUUAUUAUUAUUAUUAUUAUUAUUAUUGUCGUCAUUAGUGUUAUUAAAAAAUAAUUGAAUCCUACAACGUGGUGUUUUAAUCUCGUAUUUAAUUUAGUUUUUCUUGUAAUUUACUUGACGUUUACAGUACUGUACUUUUUUAUUUUAAUCAAAAGACCGGUUUAUUUUAUAUGUAAUAUAUAUAUAAUAUAUAUUAUAUGCGUUUGUAAAGCGGUCCACAGCAAUAGGACUCGCCCUGUUAGAAACGCCAUUCUCAGAAAACAGAAAUCAACACAAACACAAACCAACACUGGAACUAAAUAAAACAACGGGACCGACGCGGGGCGGAACGGAUCUCACAGCCGCCGAGUCGGGUGGCCGAUGGCGGUGCUGGGCUGCACGGGGCUCAAGCGGAGGUUCGAGGAGGUGGACAGCGAGUCUCCCUACUCCUCCCCCAAGGACUCAGACGAUGAGGUGUCGAGCAGCGAGAGCGCGGACAGCUGCGACAGCGUCAACCUGCCCUGCAGCGCGCAGUUCACCCCCACCUCGAUCCUGCGUGGUCACAGAGGCUCCUCUCGGAAGCGGGUUCGCUUCGACGCAGUCACAGUGUUCUACUUCUCCAGGCGGCAGGGCUUCACCAGCGUGCCCAGCCAGGGGGGCAGCUCCCUGGGCAUGGCGCGGCACCACUGCGCCAUCCGCCGCUACACGCUGGGGGAGUUCGCCCGCGAGCAGGAGAGCAGCCACCGGCAGGCCCUGCGCCAGCACCUCCGACACGAGAAGCUCCGCGCCAGGAAGAUGAAGCUGACUCAGAACGGUGCAGUGCUGUGCCCGGCCGCGGAGAGCCUCACUCUGGAGGACGUGUCGGACGAGGAGCUGGACGUGGAGGGGCUGGAGGUGGACGACUGCUUCUUCCUGCAGCCGCUGCCCACCAAGCGGCGCCGGGCCCUGCUGCGCGCCUCGGGGAUCUCGCGCAUCGACGGGGAGGAGAAGAGCGAGCUGCGCGCCAUCCGGCUCUCCCGCGAGGAGUGUGGCUGCGACUGCCGGCUCCACUGUGACCCGCAGCACUGCCGCUGCAGCCAGGCCGGGAUCAAGUGCCAGGUGGAUCGCAUGUCGUUCCCAUGUGGCUGUUCCCGGGACGGCUGUGGGAACGUGGCGGGGCGCAUCGAGUUCAACCCGGCGCGGGUCCGAUCUCACUACCUGCACACCCUCCUGAAGCUGGAGCAGCUGGAGAGGAAGAGGCAGCCCCCUGCGCCCCCCCACCCCCCUGAACCCGAGCCCGACAGCCUGGACCGCGAGAACGAGACGGCCGUGCUGCACCUGCAGAGCGCCGAGGAGCUGGAACGCAGGAGAGAGGAGGAGGAGGAGGGAGGGGACAGCCCGGGAAUGUGCCUCCUGGGGCAGGGGGAGGAGGAGGAGGAGGGGGUGAUCCUGCAAGGGGAGCUGCUUCCGGGGGUGCUGUGCUUCACCGAGAGCCCCGACGAGGAGCAGCUUCAACAGCAGCAGCCCCAGAAGGAGCUGCUGUUCUACCAGAUUGAGCCCAGCCCAGUCCUGGAGCUCCGCACUGCUGAGGCAGCCCCUAAAGAGGGGGGUUGUGGAGGAGCGGCACUGGGGGUGCACUGCGGGGCUCCUUCGGACACGCUACGAGGGUUUGGGGAGCUCCCUGGUGACAACGCUGCCCCCUCCGGGAUCGGGAGCGCCCAGCCGCCCAGCGACGCUGAGGGUUCCUCGUCCGGGGGUGACCAGGGGCUGCCCUCGGAGACCGCCUGCCUGGUCCCCGGCAACGCCUUCGAAGAGGGGAGCGACGGCUCCAUGCUGCCCCUCGACACUUGAUUCAUUGUUAGAGCGCAGAUGUUUUGCACAAUAGCCUAUAGAAAAGCUUCUUGCCUAAAUAAUGAUAAUAAUAAUAAUAAUAAUAAUAAUAAUAAUAAUAAUAAUAAUAAUGAUGAUGAUGACAAUAGUAAUAGUCAUAAUAUAUUUUUUUUUAUUAUUUUUUUUGAGGUUGGGUUUUAGGAUGAGGUAACGGAACAAGAUACAAACUAGAAAAAGUGUCUGGCUUCUUCAGAGUGGACUGCCAUUACUGGCAAUACGGUUGAGGUAUAUAUGAUAAUAAUAAUAUAUAGUACAGAUAAUUCAAAAGCAGCAAACAUAGCUUCCUACUUUGCUGUACACACACAGAAAUAUAUAGGAGUAUAGAGCUAGCGUUAUGAAGAUCAUAUAUGUAUUAUAAAUAUCCAUAAUAUAUAGGUUUGAAAGGACCUGUAACUGCAGUGUAAAAAAAUGAAAAGGUUAUUUAUUAUGUUCACAAAAGGCAAGUGAUUUGAUAUGAGUAGGUUUAGCAUUAAAAUGCACAUCUGGCUGCCAAAACACUGUGCAAUAAUUUGAAUGCAGCACUACUGCAAUACCUCCAGUACUUGCAGCAUGACUUCACAGUACUACAAGGGCGUGUGCCCAGCGUGGUGCAUCCCAGUGAAUUGCAGUAACACUGCAGGGGCGGGGUUCGAGGGUUAGAGCAGUGUAGUGACCUCAGAGCAGUUCUGGUAGAGCCAACUGGAUCUGCCACAGAAAGGGGUUCAGAGUGCAUUUGCAGCGGUGUUUGCCAACUGCUCCUAAUACCAUUUUCAACCACCAGGUGUCACUCUUGGGACAUUCUGGGUGUUGCUUAACCCAUUAAAUAACCAAUUAAUUUCUUACAAAAAUAAAUCAAUUUAAACUCCAUCUGUAUUUAUUUAUGUAAUCUGAUGCAUUUCACAUAGCCUUAACUUUUACCGUUAACGAUACUAGAGUAAGUUAUCAUAACGCAUAUAGUUAAAGAGAAUAUUAAAAUAACAAUAGAUGCCAGUUAAAAAUGCUAAAAAAAACUACAACGUAGCCUAAAAUGGGUAAAACCCACAUAACAUUAUUAUUAUUAUUAUUAGUAUUAUUGUUAUUAUUAUUGUUGUUGUUGAUGUAUAGUUUUUAUUAUGAAUAAUGUAUGGCACAUCAUGGACCAAGUCUGAGUGCUCUCUCUCCUGUCUGUGUUUUGAAGUGUCAUUUAUUUUGAAAUGACACAACCAGUUUUGUCCUUUGCAAAGGCGCUGUUUCUAGGGUUACAUUCAACCUUGAUUCUGUUUUUACCUGGUAGUUUCUUGUGAUGAAGGAAAAAAAAACACAGCUGUUCUUUUCUCUGCUUUUUAUUAUUGAUGUUAUUAUAAUUUUGUACUGUAUUAUAUUCUAAUAAUAAUCAUAAAUGUGUGUGUUGUAAACAGGGCUGUAGCUGCCAGAUAGCCUGGGUCAGACCAUCAGGGGCUAAUACAAAGGGGUGCCAAAUCAUUUACAAUAGCUUGACCCAAGGCUCCAGGUCAAAUUCGGGAGGACAGCUCCCCCCGCCCCCCCCCUGAUUCUUACUCCAGUGGACCAGUCCAGUCCUAGUCUGAGUGUUCUGUUUCCAUUGCCCACUAUUACACCACAUAUAAAAGCAUUAUAUGAUAUACUAUAUUGAGCAAAAUGAGUAAGGUGCACAGAUUUGAGUGUCCGUUCUUACAACAGAGACUCCCAUUGCAGAGCCGCUCCGUGUUUUACUGCGAGCUGGUAAAGGCCACCCUGAUCUUUCAAUCUCUGAGAUGGGUCUAAUCUCAAGCUGAUAGUAAAACCUGGACCGGCUCUGUCUGUUCUGAAAUGGGAGUCUCCCUGCCUUCCCUGUCUCCAGUUUGUCUUGUUCGUUUCCUCGAGGUCCAAUCCAGCUUUGAAUUAGACUGCAAAUGAAAUAUUUGAAGCCAUGUGUUAAGGGUGAGCUUCAGUAGAUAGUAUUAUGGAAAUGGCAUUAGCUUACUGUUUAAGUACAUUGUGUAGUUAUGUGUUUGUCUGCAACAGUGUACUAAAAACUGGAUGGCUUUUAAACUCCCAUAAAGAAAGGAGAUUCAAAUGUACAUGCAUUUCUCUCUGAAAGUCUGCAUUAGGAGUUGACGUCUCCAUUUCUGUUCAAGCCUAGGGCAGGUAACAGGCGUUCAAAAAGUGCAGGACAAUUUAAACUGUGAUGACUUUUUUCGUGUGUUAAUAAUAAUAAUAAUAAUAAUAAUAUAUGUAUAUUUUUUAAUUAUUAAUAUUAAGAAUUCUAAGAAGCUGCUUGUUUUUUUGUCUAAGGCGAUCCCGUGUUUUUUUUUUUAAGGGAGUCUUUAUACUGAAUCCCUGUUGUAGGGCUGUGUGAGCUGUUCUGUGUUCUCAAGGAACUUGUUUGUGUGUAACUAACAAUGAGGCUUGCGCUGUCUGUUUUUGCAUUACAGCAAUGCUGCUGGCAAGGUAGAAUCACAAACCCUGUGUUAUUUUCUUUCUUUCAAACUGCACAAGAGGGGUCAGAAACACAAAUAAACUUCAAGAAUGCUGUAUGAUUGAAUGUUAUUAUUAAUAAUAAUAAUAAUAAUAAUAAUAAUAAUAAUGAUGAUGAUGAUGAUGAUGAUAAUAAAAUGACAAAGCAUGGCAUGCAAUCUGUCCAGCCUGGAGAGUUUAAGACAAAUGCAUAAAUACUAAUUAAAAAUACCUGCACACACACACACACACACACACACACACACACACACACACACACACACACACACACAUACAGCAGUGUGCAAAUAUAUCAGAGCACCUCGUUGCUCCUGUUGUUUUGAUUUGUUGUGCGUAUGAAAAUCAAACCACUGGAACUGAAAAUCUUGGAAAAUGGUUAAAAAAAAUAUAUGCAAAUUAGUGAUUGUCCAGUAGUGUAAUUGAUAACUUUAAUAGGUCAUGCAUGUAAUUAACUUAAAAUAAUAAGAGAAAGGGAACACGUAGCCACAAAUGAGGGGGAAAAAUGCACGAGACUUUUUAGAAGUUGUUUAAUGGAAAUUCUCACACCCAGAGGUUUGCAUGCAGGCAGGUAUAGGAAGGAUGUAAAUGACAAAUCUGGAGGUGUUCUGAUAAAUGUGCACACUGCUGUGUGGGUGCGUGGGUGCGUGCGUGGGUAAAUGUAAAUAGUUGAGCAGGUUGGUGGAGAGAUGAAAGGCGAGGAGAUGGCAGCGUGUGUACUGUACUGUGAAGUUAAACAGAGAGAAGGCGCUCGGUUACUGAAUCACUAAUUUCACUAACCGCGGCUCAUUAAAGCGAUACAGAACCCUUAAAAAAAAAAAAAGCCUGAGCGAACA